UUGACGUGUGACGAUGCACUUUAGAAUGUCAUGAUAGGGCCCAUGGAUUCAUUAAUGCAAAAGUUUAUUUAUUAACACACACUUUGCUGAAGUGUGGAUAUUGAAUAGAUGUAACUUAUUUAAUGCUAAGAUAAAUAAAUUAUUUGAAGUAAGUGUGUGUAAGUGUGUGUAAGUGUGCGUAUAAUCAACGUGUGUGUUGGGUCAGUGAAUGGAAGAAACGCAUCCACCAUUAGGGGGUCAGUUGAACAUGUCUUGGUUGAAGUCAACAGUGUACAGUACAUGUGGCAUUAGGCAAAAACUCAAUAACUACCCACAAUCACAGGCUGCACUAGUCAUCAAUGUUGAACAAACACAGUAAAUGCAACAUUAUGCACAUGCAGUGCAAACUUUGAAGCAGAGGAAGAGAGAGGGAAGGCAAGAGGAAAGAGAAAUGAUCCCAAUAAAACCAUACAUAAAGCAUGAGGUCACUGUGUGUGGUGACACAGAUAAAAGCUUUAACCCUUGGCGUGGCCCAGUGUGACGUGAAGCUAAGGUUGAAGUCCAGCGUGAUAGGGACCAGAGGGGACUGACGUGCUGUCAGCACGCACCACACACACACACAGACACUCACCUCAUGGACUCUGAGUGUCUUAGGCAGACACGCUUGAUCGGUUCCUCAGACGUGGCCACUCUUUGGUGUGUAUGAACUAAUGAGACCGGCCAGAACCACAGAGAAGUGCAUUUAUUACAACGUGCAAAAACCAACAGAGAAGGUAAGCUUGUGUUUCACCACAGAUAUUUAAGUCAACCUUUUGUUUAUAGAUGACUGGCUAUGAGUAGAUGAGAUGAGGUUAGUAGUGAAUAAUAACUUUAACAAGCACUCUUUUAUAUAGAAAAUAGGAAUUUUGGAACAGAAAACAGGACGUUUAUGGGAAAUAGGAAUUUGCCUAUAAGGGAAAGUACCGGUAGUUAUACUGUAUGUUUUCAAAGUCAGAGUGUCUACAGGAAGUUAGCUCAUCAUCUGAUCAUGUAUUGUAUGCAGAGAUGUCAGAGACAUACAGUACACUGUAACUUGUUAUCACUCUCCAUUGAUCUUCAGUGCAGAGGCAUUCUGGGUUCAGCCUGCCUUGAUCCUUAGUGGAGGCUGUGGGGGUAUGUUGUGAUUCUCUAUGGCUGUACUUCUAGUGUUCCUAUGGUGGGUCUGGGGUAAGAUGUAGUCUCUUGUGGAGUCUGUGUUAUAGUGUUGUGAUUAUCUAGGGCUGCGUGUCUCUGGGGUGGGUCCGUAAGAUGCAGUCCCUUGGGGCCUGAGUAGUGCUCUUUUGCUGUGUGUUGUGCUGUGAUGUGACUAUCUGUGUGUGGGUCUCCAGGGUUAUAGCAGGGUGAGAUGGCGUGUCUAGGGGCCAUUCUGCUGCUGCCACUGCUGUGUGGGCUCACUGGGCUGCUGUGUGCUGAGCCACAUGUGGCCCAAAACCUCCAUCUGCUCUCCCCAGAGGAACACACAGCCAUCAUCAAUCUGGGACAGAAAUUACUUCCCAGGGAUUGCAACGAGAUAUGGGAGAGCUCAGGUGGGCAGGCCAGGGAUGGCAUCUACCUGAUCCAGCCGGCUGACACCCACAUUGCAGCCUACUGCGCCAUGCAGGACGGCGGCUGGACCGUGGUGCAGCACAUCACCGUCAACAGCAGUGUUGACUUUGACCGUACCUGGGAGGAGUAUAAACGUGGCUUCGGCUCUCUCAGCGCCAACCACUGGCUGGGCAACCAGCAUCUCCACCAGCUGACCGCUGGGCCCGUGCGUUACAAGCUGGGCAUCAAGCUGGUGGACAAGGAUGCCGUCACCAAGUUUGGCGAAUACGACCCUGUCCUGGUGGAGGGUGAGGACACCCAGUACCGCCUGCGCCUGGGCCUCUUCCAGGGCACAGCGGGGGACGCGCUCACCCAGGACACAGAGAACUACCUCCACGACAACCAGAGGUUCACCACCAAGGACCGUGACAAUGACAACUACUUCCAGAACUGCGCCCGGCUGGAGUUCCAGGGUGUGGCGGGCGGGGGGUGGUGGUACGACGCGUGCGCUGGCGCCAACCUCAACCGCCGCAACGUCAUCUACUGGCAGAAGGACUGCAACAAGGAGCACUUGUGCAAGUAUGCCUGGAUGAUGGUGAAGCCCUCCGAGCUGAUCAAGGUGGUCAAAGUCAAGGGAGAGUGUGGCAAGGAUGAGCUGUGAUUGCGUGACCAUAACAAGAGCCAGGGUGAGACGAGGAGAGAUGGGCUCCAUUGAAUCAACGUGUGGGAGCUGUGGACGGAGAGAUCAAUAGAGUGUAGUGAUGAAACGGAAGCUGAUGAUCUUGUUUAAAGCCUCACACUCGCUCGUCCUAGAAGAGUUAAUUAGUUUGGGGGGACCUUUCACACAUCAUGUUGAUUAGAUUUGUGAUCAAGAACGCUUUGAUGUGUGAACACAAGAAUCGAUGGGAAGCAUUAGAACAGUUCCACACAGGAGACAAGAUAGUUGCAAUAUACAGAUUUAUGUUUUAUAAAAAAGAAUGAAUUAAAAUGCACAGUAAUACAUUGAACAUUAAAUGAAGAAGGACGAUAACCACUAAUUCUACUAGACCUAUGAAAAUAUUCAGUAGAUUUUGUCCUGAAUGGAAUAAAAGAAACAAUGCACCAGCACUGUACUUACAUUUAUGUGAACCUUUACAGAUAUGCUAGUCACUUUUUGUGCAAGUAUGAAAUGGUUCAUAGGCAUAAUACUGUCAAUAUCAGCAACAAAUAAUAUCCACUCAUUACCGAAAACAGUCAAAUGCAUGGAAUGUACUAUUUUUUUACAAUUGGGGAACAGCAGUAAUAUAUAGGCAUAAAUGUACACAGUUGAUAUUUUAAUACUUUUUUCAGCUUCACAUAACAUGGCCGAUGUGGCAAUGAUUCAGUCAAAAUAUAAAACAAACUAUUUUGAUCAGGAAUGGAACAUGAACUUUUCAUUUGUAAAUUAAACUAAUAAAACAACACAGACA